AUGCUGAACCGUUCACUUGAUACUGCCUUGGAGGAAACUCCCAGUGGAUCUUGCACACCUCCAACAAGUCUAAGUCCGAGGACUCAUAACGUGGAGCUUGUGUCUUCCAGCUUCAGCUAUCACCAUGAAUCUUUAAAUUCCACCUCACAAUUGACAACUGACAAAACUACAACUUUCAAGAAAUCCUUGCUGCAUAGAUGGACCCAUAAAGACUCGAUCCUUUGUGUUGCUGCGUCUCCCAAACGUAAGUUGCUCUAUUGCGGUACACAAAAUUCCACAAUUAUCGUGCUUGAUUUGGUAACUUUUCAGAAAAAGCUAGAACUACAAACACAUACAGGAUCUGUACUCUGUUUGAAACUUAGUGAAUGUGAAGAUACUCUCUUUAGUGGCGGUUCCGAUUCGUUGGUGAAGAUUUGGAAAAUUGAAGACGUAAUUGACAAAGAUUCAUCAAUUGCAAUCUCUAAUGCAGAAUUUACAACAAAUUUAGUACCAACACACACCAUCUAUUCCUUGCUUGAUGUUGGUGAUAUAUUCUCCAUCUCCUGGAUUGAGGAGCUCAAAACUGUAUUCAUUGGCGCUCAAAAUGCUUCAUUGUCAUUCAUCCAUAUUGAUCCUGACAUCACAAGUUCCCCCAACGACCAUAUCCAAUUUAUGCCGUCAAAUAGGUUCGACAAAUUUUUUGAUUCAAACGGAACUAAGAUCAAAAAGAACAGCAGUAUUCUGACCCCAUCACUUCCGUCCUCUACAUCCGCUGAUUUGUUGACAGACAAAGUUCAAGUUAUUCAAAUUCCUGUAAAUAAUAUAAUUUCCUAUGCUCAUAAUGGAUAUCUAUAUGCCCUCGACUACAUUACAAUUGCAGAUCCCCUAACAUCUACUAUUGGUGGUAACAUGGCUGAGGAUUACAAGCAUAUAAUCAUCUCGGCCGGUGGAGACGGCGAAAUUAGAUUAUGGGGAUACAGUUCACAAAAAUCUCUAGUUCAUUUGAAAUCUCUUGAGGACGCACAGGCUGAUUCGAUCUAUUCAUUGGCUAUACACAAACCAACAUUGACUGUGUACGCGGGUUCGUCGGAUGGCAACAUCCAUGUAUGGGAUUUAACUACAUUCCAAUUGAUCAAAACAAUCCAAAUCGAUAACAGUGGUGACGUUUAUACGUUAGCUGUGCUUUCUAAUGAUAACAAUUCUCCAGAAUGGUUAUUAGUUGGUACGGAUUCAGGAAUAGUCAAGAAGCAAUUAACGAAUUCGUUGGAUAAUUUAGAUUUGGAAAUAGGCACAAAUAAUUCUACUAUUAUUCAAAUAACCAAGGAUGAUCCAUGCUUAACAUUGCAAACAUUUAAAAUCAAUAACGAAUCAUAUCUUGUCGGUGCCGGUUCUGACAAGACCAUUUCCUUAUGGCCUUUACAUGAUAUAAAUGAUACUUGUAGUGUGAAUACGCUGAAGAAUAAUGAUGGUGGAUUUGAACAUCAUAAAAAAUACUCUAGAAAGGAUAAGAAUUUCUUCACUACCGAAAAUUUUCUGGCCAUAUUGGGAGAGUUGAUUAGCUUCAAAUCGGUCUCCAAACAACCGGAUCUCUACAUGGGUGAAUGUAGGAAAUGUGCCAAUUAUCUAACAGUUUUAUUUAAAUCCUUAGGGGCAACUAAGACACAAUUAUUGCCGGUCGAAAAUGGUGGCAAUCCCGUUGUGCAUGCAAUUUUUAAGGCUAACUCACAAAAGAUAAAAAAUGGGUUUGAACCUACAAGAUUAUUGUGGUAUGGGCAUUAUGAUGUUAUACCUGCUUCAUCUACAACAUGGGAUACUCCUCCAUUUGCAAUGACCCCGAGCGAUGGUUAUCUUUAUGCUAGAGGUGUGACUGACAACAAAGGACCUUUAUUGGUGUCUAUCUUUGCAAUAGCUGAAUUAUACUCAAAGAACGAAUUAGACAGUGAUGUUGUGUUUGUGAUUGAAGGAGAGGAAGAAAGUGGUAGUUGGGGGUUUCAGAAUGUUAUAUUCAACAAUAUUAUGGAAAUUUGUGAUUUCAAAAAGAUUGAUUGGAUUUUGUUAAGUAAUUCAUAUUGGUUGGAUAAUAAUAACCCAUCCUUGAAUUAUGGGUUAAGGGGUAAACUGGAGAUACAGGUAGAAAUUUGGUCUGACAGACCUGACAGACACUCUGGUGUUGAUGGUGGUGUUUAUGUUGAGCCAUCAAUGGACUUGAUCAAGAUCUUAAGCAAGCUAGAUAAUAAUGGUAAGAUUAUGAUUGCAGGUUUUGAAAAGAUUUAUGAAAAUGACGAACGGCUGAACCAGGAUGGCGAUAUAGCUCACCAUUUAGAAGAGUGGGAAAGGCCUCUUUAUAAGGAAAUCAGUAGUAGGAUACCUGAUAUAAAUAUCAACGAAUUAUUGAGAAAAUGGAGACUACCAAGUUUGACAUUACAUAAAAUUGAAAUGUCUGGUCCUGACAAUGAUACAGUUAUUUCUCAGAAAGCAGAGGCUAAAUUAAGUAUCCGUAUUAUCCCAGGUCAGGAAUUAGAUGAUGUCAAACAAGCAUUUAAUGAGUACGUUAACCAAUGUUUUAAUGAACUGAAUAGUACUAAUCAUUUAAAUAUCAAGAUCAUGCAUGAAGCCGAACCAUGGCUGGGAAAUAUAAACAGUUCCGGUUUCAAAGUUGUCUCAGAAUGUGUUGAGGAAGAAUGGGGCAUUAAACCGAUUCUGGUUCGGGAAGGUGGUAGCAUCCCAGCUAUCAGGUUCUUAGAGAAGGCAUUCCAAUCCUCGGCCAUUCAUAUACCUACUGGGCAAUCGAGUGAUAAUGCCCACCUCAACAAUGAAAGGGUUAGGAUUGUCAAUUUACUAAAGUCAAGGGAAAUUAUAAAAAAGGCUGCCAAAAAGUUGGUUAAGGAAGAUUUAUAG